AUGGAGUCCGGAACAACUAACGAUAGUAAUUCCAAAGUAUCGAGCAUGGAAAGACAGGACAUGUCGGCUAUCACUAUAGCGUCAAGGAUACCCGAAUUCUGGACACACAUGCCUCGUCUCUGGUUCGUUCAAUUAGAGGGCAUUAUUCGAUCACAAAAAUUGGGCGACGUGGCCAAAGCAGACCUGAUAAUCACGAAAUUGAAGUGCGAAGCGUUGCAGCAAGUAAGUGAUAUUCUUUUUUUGUCACCGGAGACUAAUAAGUAUGAUGCACUCAAGGAGCGACUGCUACAAGUAAAUGAGGAAAGCGCCGACAGGCAAUUUCAAAAACUCGUCAGUGAAAUGGAGCUCGGGUCACAGAAACCAUCUUUUCUUCUGCGACGAAUGCGAGAGCUAGGAAGAAAUACACCAGUAUCAGAGAAAUCCUUACACAGUUUGUGGCUAGCUAGAUUACCAUCCAAUGUACGGGCCGUGCUCGCAGUCAGCCAGGACCAAGACCUAGAAAACCUAGCGAAAAUGGCAGAUAAAAAAACGGAAACGAUAAAAACCGAUGAACAAGAUGAGUAUGGAGAUCGCGGCAGUGGCGUGCAGUCCAUAUAG